GCCUGGACACGCUUGGAGAAGGACUCAGGUCGACCGCCCCAGCCCUUCCCUCCCUGUGACUCCGCAGCCACCGCUAGACCGGUUCCCUCGCUCCACAGUUCCCGCUGGGACCUACACGGUCCCGUGACCUCCCCUCCGCUCCCCCUGAACCACAGCUCCCCUGCGGCCCCCUCCGCUGCGGAAACUUGGGCAGGACCGACGGGACCCGCGCGGGGGGCUGGCUCCGGCGCUGCGGCGAUGCCCACGGGCCCUCUCCCCGCCACUUGCUCGCCCAGUGCCGGGGCUCGGGCCCCGACGGCUACGCCGUGAGAUGACUUUCCGAGACCUCCUGAGCGUCACUUUCGAAGGACCCCGCUCGAACAGUAGCACUGGGGGCUCCGGCGCGGGCGGUGGAGCUGGCACGGCUGGACCCGAGGGCCCUGCGGUGGGCGGCGUGCCAGGGACCACUGGCGGCGGCGCUGUGGUGGGAACCGGCAGCGGCGAGGACAACCAAAGCUCCACGGGAGAACCGGGGGCUGCGGCCAGCGGUGAGGUGAAUGGCUCAGCGGCCGUCGGGGGACUGGUGGUGAGUGCACAGGGCGUGGGAGUGGGAGUCUUCCUAGCAGCCUUCAUCCUCACCGCUGUUGCCGGCAACCUGCUCGUCAUCCUCUCGGUGGCCUGCAACCGCCACCUGCAGACGGUCACCAAUUAUUUCAUCGUGAACCUGGCGGUGGCUGACCUACUGCUAAGUGCAGCUGUGCUGCCCUUCUCUGCCACUAUGGAGGUUCUCGGCUUCUGGGCCUUCGGCAGGACCUUCUGCGACGUAUGGGCCGCGGUGGACGUGCUGUGCUGCACCGCCUCCAUCCUUAGCCUCUGCACCAUCUCUGUGGACCGGUACGUGGGCGUGCGCCACUCGCUCAAGUACCCAGCCAUUAUGACAGAGCGCAAGGCUGCUGCCAUCCUGGCUCUGCUCUGGGCAGUGGCCCUGGUGGUGUCUGUGGGACCACUACUGGGCUGGAAGGAGCCAGUGCCCCCGGAUGAGCGUUUCUGCGGCAUCACCGAGGAAGUGGGCUAUGCUGUCUUCUCAUCGGUGUGCUCCUUUUACCUGCCCAUGGCGGUGAUCGUGGUCAUGUACUGCCGCGUGUACGUGGUCGCGCGCAGUACCACGCGCAGCCUCGAAGCAGGCAUCAAGCGGGAGCCUGGCAAGGCCUCUGAGGUGGUACUGAGGAUCCACUGUCGCGGUGCAACUGCUAGCACCAAAGGAGCUCAAGGGACACAGAGUAGCAAGGGCCACACCUUGCGCAGCUCGCUUUCUGUAAGAUUGCUCAAGUUUUCCCGCGAGAAGAAGGCUGCCAAGACGCUGGCCAUAGUCGUGGGUGUCUUCGUCCUGUGCUGGUUCCCCUUCUUCUUCGUCCUGCCACUGGGUUCUCUGUUCCCGCAGCUGAAACCAUCAGAGGGCGUCUUCAAGGUCAUCUUCUGGCUGGGCUACUUCAACAGCUGUGUGAACCCGCUCAUCUAUCCCUGCUCUAGUCGCGAGUUCAAGCGCGCCUUCCUUCGCCUCUUGCGCUGCCAAUGUCGCCGCCGCCGCCGCCGCCUCUGGCGCGUCUACGGUCACCACUGGCGAGCCUCGAUAGGCGACCAGCGUCCCGACUAUGUCCCCAGCCCACGAGUCGCGCCCCCGGGAGCUCCCCUAGCCCUCACUGCACACCCAGGCCCAGGCUCCGCAGACACGUCCGAGGCGCAGGCUCCGGUCUCCGGGCGUCGAAAGCCAGCCUCCGCCCUCCGGGAGUGGAAGCUGCUCGGGCCGCUGCAGAGACCCACCACCCAGCUGCGCGCGAAGGUGUCCAGCCUGUCCCACAAGAUCCGCUCUGGAGGCACUCGGCGCGCGGAGGCUCCGUGCACCCUGCGCUCGGAGGUAGAGGCAGUGUCUCUAAGCGUUCCCCAAGAUGGGGCAGAGGCUGUCAUCUGCCCUGCCUAUGAACCAGUCGACUACAGCAAUCUCCGGGAAACUGACAUUUAAGGACCGAGACCUAGGCUGGGAGAUGUGCUGAAGCCAGGGGUGAGGUGCGUUGAGGGAUGCUGCUGCCUUUGGAUCCAGGACCUGGAACCUGAUCACUUUGUAGGUGGUGAGUUAUGGCGCCCCCUGCUGGACAUAGGUGCCCAGAGCUCUUCUGGAAGUGCGGGAUUCACUUUUCUCAUCCAGAUUGAGAAACUGCUUAGUCAGCUGCUCCUGAAGUCUAGGCAGAAGACUUUAGGUGUGGCCACUCGCCUUGGGGAGGAAGAGGUACAGAUUCGUACUCUGCUGCUCCCAGGAAGAAGAUCAGUGGACACCGAUCUGCCACCCGGAGGAAGUCAGUAGGACCUGCCAUACUGCAAGCUUUGGUGGCAUAUUGGAUGCCGGCCGUACAAAUCUGUUGUUUGUCGCCCUAGGCCCAGGGCCUCCUCCCCACGUUCCUAACCUGUAUGCACCCUUCACCUGGCUGAGCCCUCACUAUUUCCCCCAGGGGCCUUUACUGUUUACACUCUGUACAUAAUUCAUUGUGCCUGUCUGUGCCGAUCA